GACAUGGGAAUGAGAAAAGCAAGAAGGCGCAAUGGAAGGUGGGGAUCAAUGGAAGCAUUGCACACGAUGGGGAAAACCAACACUCUGAUGCUGCUUCUGAUACACAUUUUCUACUUUUCACCCACAACAAUCACCGCUAUCAGAAAAGACAUUGGGUUUGAACCUUCCCAUCGUCCCUGCAACACCACCGUUCAAGGAAGAUACUUUCUCACUGAUGAUAACGGUUAUGUGUGCAAUGCUAUGUCCGUGGAUCCGCAGACUCGGUGCUGCCCUGAAACUGGGGAGAAAUUCUCUUGUCAAGGAUGCAAUGUUCUUUCACAGUGUUGCAACUCUUACGAAUAUUGUGUUUCGUGCUGCCUAAACCCUGUGCAGACAAGUAAGGAACAAAUUCUGAAGGUGAAGGUUGCAAAACCAGCUACUGCAAGGACUUAUACAAGUGUUUUUGACUACUGUGCUGGGAGAUGCCGUCAUAGUUCUGAGAGUGUGGUUCAUGAAAACGCUUAUGUUAGUGAUUUCCACCACUGCUUUUCUCUCCCAUCUAAUUCUUCUGCGGGGACAAAUAGUACACUCCUUGAAGCAAGACUGAAUGGCAUCAAUGUUGUUGUUGGCAGGCAAGGUGAAUCAUGUAAUUCAGUUUGCAAGUUAAGAGGGAAAUUAUGCGUACCAAAUAAACUUGUGGUUCUUAAUCAUUGUGAUAUUAUUCAGAAAUAUAUGAGCUGCAAAGGAGCUUGCUUUUCAAGUGUAGGAACAGAUCAACCUGCUGAAGUUGUUGAUGAUGCCCCCAAGCAUAUGAAUCCAGGAUCAUGUUUAUACACUCAGACACAGUCUAUGCUUUCUUGUGAUGGUUCACAUCAGCAUACAAGGAGAUUGUGCCCCUGUGCUUAGGGGUUUUUUCCUGCCUGAACAUUUUCCUUUGUGAUGCAGAGUUCUGUGACUAUUCUAGAAGGUGGAAAGCAUCUAGUUGUGUUUCAAUACAAACUUUGCUUUCUGUUACACUGCUGUACUAGAUUUUGUAGCACUAGUAGAUAUGGUAUCAGUGGAGGCAACUCUUGUAAAUCAUCAACCUUUAGAAAUUCUAAUAUCAUUCUAUGUUGUAAAUUUUCUUUUU